CUCAUGCCGCUGUAGUAUUGUCUGUCGGCCGGCCGAGGUCCUCGUUCUCUGGGAUGAGGGCGGUGCGGGACAGGAGUCUGCGAGAGGCACAGAAUGUCGGCUAGACGUUGAGGCGGGCUGGCCGGACGCUGAUACUCCGCGAUGCUUUUGCAUGGAGAUACGCUGCUCGGCCUGUUGCUCGGAGAGGUGUUGGCGAGACUGGCUGUCGAAGUACCGAUUGAGCGCGAGUGUGACAGUGAGGGAGAGGAUGAGGGCGAGGACGAGGGCGGAAACGAGCGAUGUUUAAUUAGGAACGCCAUUUUGCUUAUGGUUUACGAUUCUCCGGGACAAAAGGUGGAGGGGCUGGUGGAAAAGAAACGCGAGAACCGAGAACUGAGUGGUAAAGCGGGUGCUCCGGCAACGCGGUACACUUGGUACCACAAUAAUGAACUGAACGAGGUUGAGUUCAUUCUGAGAAUAAUCUGA